GCCGGCUGGAGCGAAGCUUUAUUUCCAGGCUUGGCACCAAGGCUGUCAUUAGAGCUGCCUGCUCCCGCGGGCCCGCGGACCCAGCUGUCAGGCAAGCCCAGUGGAGCAAAAUGAGCGCGCAGUGAGCCUGCUCAGCCUGUCUCCCAGCGGUCGCCCACCAUGAACCACUUGGAAGGGUCUGCGGCGCUGGAGGUGACCGACGAGGCAGCAAGCGAGGAGGUGAACGAGUCGGUGGAGGCCGACCUGGAGCACCCGGAGGUGGAGGAGGAACAGCAGCAGCAGCACCUGGCGGGCGGCCACCCGCGCGGGCGCACCUUCGAGGACCUCCGCGCCCAGCUCGUGCAGCAGCAGGAGGAGGAGGAGCGGGGGGAGUGCCUGGCGCGAUCGGCCAGCACAGAGAGCGGCUUCCACAACCACACAGACACGGCCGAAGGCGACGUGAUCGCCGCGGCCCGCGACGGCUAUGACGCAGAACGCGCGCAAGACCCUGCGCAGGACCCCGAGGAUGAGAGUGCGUACGCCGUACAGUACAGGCCCGAAGCCGAGGAGUACACGGAGCAGGCGGAGGCCGAGCACGCUGAGGCCACGCACCGCCGCGCGCUGCCCAACCACCUGCACUUCCAUUCGCUGGAGCACGAAGAGGCCAUGAACGCGGCCUACUCGGGCUACGUCUACACGCACCGGCUCUUCCACCGCGGCGAGGAUGAACCCUACGCCGAGCCCUACGCCGACUACGGGGGCCUCCAGGAGCACGUGUACGAGGAGAUUGGGGACGCGCCCGAGCUGGACACGCGCGACGGCCUGCGGCUGUAUGAGCAGGAAGGCGAUGAGGCGGCGGCCUACCGCCAGGAGGCCCUGGGCGCCAGGCUGCACCACUAUGAUGAGCGCUCCGACGGCGAGUCCGACAGCCCAGAGAAGGAGGCCGAGUUCGCGCCCUACCCGCGCAUGGACAGCUACGAGCAGGAGGAGGACAUAGACCAGAUCGUGGCUGAGGUCAAGCAGAGCAUGAGCUCCCAGAGCCUCGAUAAGGAGGCCGAGGACAUGCCUGAGGCCGAGCAGGACCUGGAGCGAGCCCCUACCCCGGGCGGGGGCCGUCCCGACAGCCCUGGGUUGCAGGCGCCGCGGGCGGUGGGCACUGCAGGCAGCGGCGAGGCGGUGCAGCGGUACAGCAAGGAGAAGAGGGAUGCUAUCUCGCUGGCCAUCAAGGACAUCAAGGAGGCCAUUGAGGAGGUGAAAACCAGGACCAUCCGUUCGCCUUACACUCCCGACGAGCCCAAAGAGCCCAUCUGGGUCAUGCGCCAGGACAUUAGCCCCACCAGGGACUGUGACGAGCAGAGGCCGGUGGACGGAGAUUCUCCAUCACCUGGCAGUUCCUCACCCCUGGGUGCAGAGUCCUCUGGUACACCCUAUCAUCCCAGUGACCCCAUGGAAGCCUCCACAAAUAAAGAGUCAAGAAAAAGCUUGGCAUCAUUCCCAACCUACGUUGAAGUUCCCGGACCUUGUGACCCCGAAGACUUGAUUGAUGGCAUCAUUUUUGCUGCCAAUUACCUUGGCUCCACCCAGCUGCUCUCGGACAAAACUCCUUCCAAAAAUGUACGCAUGAUGCAGGCCCAGGAAGCAGUAAGCAGAAUCAAGAUGGCCCAGAAAUUAGCCAAAAGCAGGAAGAAGGCUCCUGAAGGCGAAUCUCAGCCCAUGACAGAGGUGGAUCUCUUCAUUUCUACCCAGAGAAUCAAAGUCUUGAAUGCCGAUACGCAGGAGACAAUGAUGGACCACCCCCUGAGGACCAUCUCCUACAUCGCUGACAUCGGGAACAUCGUUGUGCUCAUGGCCCGCAGGCGGAUGCCCCGCUCCAACUCCCAGGAGAAUGUGGAAGCCUCCCACCCUUCCCAGGAUGGAAAAAGGCAGUACAAGAUGAUCUGCCAUGUCUUUGAGUCGGAGGAUGCCCAACUGAUCGCACAGUCCAUUGGGCAGGCAUUUAGUGUGGCAUACCAGGAAUUCCUCAGGGCCAACGGGAUUAACCCCGAAGAUCUCAGCCAGAAGGAGUAUAGUGACCUGCUCAAUACCCAGGACAUGUACAACGACGACCUGAUCCACUUCUCCAAGUCUGAAAACUGCAAAGAUGUUUUCAUAGAGAAGCAGAAAGGAGAGAUCCUAGGUGUGGUGAUUGUGGAGUCCGGCUGGGGGUCCAUCCUGCCGACAGUGAUCAUAGCCAACAUGAUGCACGGAGGCCCCGCGGAGAAAUCGGGGAAGCUGAACAUCGGGGACCAGAUCAUGUCCAUUAAUGGCACCAGCCUGGUGGGCCUGCCCCUGUCCACCUGCCAGAGCAUUAUUAAGGGCUUAAAGAACCAGUCCCGAGUCAAGCUGAAUAUCGUGCGAUGUCCUCCAGUAACCACCGUGCUGAUCCGGAGACCUGACCUGCGCUACCAGCUGGGGUUCAGUGUCCAGAACGGAAUUAUCUGCAGCCUCAUGCGAGGCGGAAUAGCCGAGAGAGGGGGCAUCCGUGUGGGACAUCGGAUCAUUGAAAUCAACGGACAGAGUGUCGUCGCCACCCCCCACGAGAAGAUCGUGCACAUUCUUUCCAAUGCCGUUGGGGAGAUCCACAUGAAGACGAUGCCAGCCGCCAUGUACAGGCUGCUGACGGCCCAGGAGCAGCCCGUUUACAUCUGA